UGACACUGAAGAUGAAGUUCCACUAAUAUCGCUUGACAAGCAUCAGUGUUUUCCGUUUCGCCAUUAACGAUGGAGCUCAAACCUAUCGAAAUUCAGCUGAAAAAUAUAGCUUUUAUCCUGGGAGUUCUUCAGGGAAUAGCAUAUGCUGUUAUGGGGUUAAUAUGCAUAAUUUUGUACAAUCAAGAUGUGAUUAAUUUCGAUCUUAGCGACACAAGUUAUAUGGAUGUGGUGAACCAAAAUAUGUAUUUUCUCCUUUUGUGGCCUAAAGGAUACUGUGGUCUAUUUGAUUACACUCUGUGCCCCCAAGUUUUCACCGGAUUUGCCUGGGUUUACUUCUUCCUUAAUCUAGGAUGGGUAGGAAUAUCCAUCGAAGCUUCCCGUAAAAAAGGAGUCACUUUGCCGAACUACCUCACAGCGUGGAGUCACCUCACUUUACUAAUUUCAGUGUGGGAUUUUAUCACUGUGGUUAUCCUUGGUUCAGACUAUAGCAAAUGUUUAGAUUGGGCUGGUUCGUAUUACAGUGAUCCACUUGAAAUAAGUUAUCAAGGAACUUGCUCAACUGGAUUCCUGACAGCUCUUGUGAUUGCAGCAAAAGGAUUUGUUUUGUGGAUUGUAAAUGUUAUUUUCGCCUUGAUUUUGCAUAACAUGGCUAAAGAACUGAAAAAGGGCGGACAAAUCUAUUUCCAACCUGUUGUACCACCGUUAGGGUUCCAAGCGCAACCCCCGCCAGUUCAGCGUCAACCCAGUGGUUAUAUCUCACAGUCACCACGGACUGCCCCAUAUGUACCAUCACCUCCCCAAAAUACCAACCAAAACCACUUCGAUUAUCCUGUGACAAUACCAGAACCAGAUUAUCACCAGAAUCGACACCAGUCACCACCCGCAAGAAGAUACUAACUGGAACUAAACCUAAUAAAAUAAUUUUGUUGUUUGUUUGUUGUACCUAAUUUUUUAUAUAAAAUUUUAAGUUUU